UAUGUGUUUUUCAAUUUCAGUUGAGUUGACCAGUUGAGUGUUCUUUUCUUUGGAGUCGACUGUAUUACGAAUAAUAUAUUAAGUAAAGAUAUUUAAAUCAUUCGAUUACAAAAUUUAUAUCAUUCAUCGACGUCAUCGAGUAGUUAAUCCGAAAUCCGAAUAUUCCAAAUAAUAAAAUGUCCAAUCCAGAACCAUCCCAGCCCCAGCCCACUAUCGCUGAAUUAAUGAUGGAAAUCCAACAACUAAGAAAUGUACAAGCUCAGAUUCAGAACAACCGUCCGGCACAGGGUCCGGCACCGGCUGCUAUUGCUCCGAUAGUAGUACCACCAGCAGCUGAGAAUGAGAUUCAGAAUCAGAUUAUACCACCGGCGAAUCAGCUUGAUGCUGCUGCUUUAUACGCGCAGCCUGUUCUCGAAGACCCCGGCCUGCCGCAAGGACAGCAACGAGGAUCAUACCACGAUCACCCGCGUGGUGGACGGGGUGGGCGCGGUGGGCGAGGUGGAUCAUCGCAUCCGCAUCGCGAAAGAACAAUUCCGUACAGAAUUUCAAUUCCGCCAGAAAUUACAAGAGAGGUGGAUAGGGCCGUUUACUGCGCCAGAAAUUUAUUGAACAAAAUCAGCCAAGCACAGGGCCAGCUGUUUGCAGAGUCGCCGUCAUCGGAUAAUAACUGAUAUAGUCACAUCGUUACGUAUAUUGAUUAAAAUUCGACGAAUUCGAUGAAAGAAAAUUUAUAAUUUACUUAUAUGUACUUUGUAAAUUCAACCAUGUUUUCACGAAUACUUUGUAUAAAAAUUACGUAACUUGAAAUUUGAAUGCACCUCGAUUUCAAAGAAAUAUGUACAUAUUUAAUUUUUUUUUACAAAGUAACUCGAUUCUACGAUUAUUUAAUAUCUAAAAUUUGUAAAUUAAUUCCUCGGGUAAGAUCAUCGAGAGAGAAAAAAAGAAUCAAACGUUUUAAUCGAAUAAAUUUUGACACUUUUA